UUUAGUUUCAUGAGGCAGUUGAGUUGAUGUUACCAGCAAGUAGUUCUGUAGUUCCGUCAGUGGAAACUAUUGCCAUAAUUUUUUGAGCUCUUCCACGGUACGUGAGGUAUCAGUUGUCCACCAGCACUGGCAGUAGCAUUACCUCCUGGCUUCGCAGUGUUUGGUGCGGCUGUCUUGAUUUUUCAAGAUUUGACCCAGAAAUGGAGGAGCACAAAACAAGCAAUGUAGUGUGACUCUUUCUCCUUGUUUGUGCGUGUGUGUGUCUGUGUUCGUUGGCCCAUACGGCUCGGUAUGUCUGGCUUGGUGGGACAAUCCAGUCACAGAUCUAACACAAGUGCUGCAGAAAGUGAUGUGCCUAGUCCUCGAAAGGCACGAUGGUCCCAGUCCUCCCUUGAAUCAUUGUUCUACGAUUUGAACAAACCAGGUGUUCAGGUGAAGCGUGCCCACCAAUGGACUGUGGAGGAAUCUUGCAACGAAUUCGUUGGUGCCAGGAGAAGCAAACACACCAUAGUGUCCUGGGGAAAUGCCAUCUUUGUGUUUGGCGGUGACGAUGGCCGAAAAAUGCUCAACGAUUUGCUUCGCUUUGACUUGCUGGACAACUCGUGGGGUCGUGUUGUGACAAAGCAUCACCCACCUGCGCCAAGAUAUCACCAUAGUGCUGUGGUCUUCGGUGAUAGCAUGUUUAUAUUUGGAGGGUACACUGGAGACUUGAAUUCACCAGCCAUACUGAGAAAUCUGAAUGACCUGUUUGAGUUUCGCUUCACCACAAGCCAGUGGAUUGAGUGGGACGAGAAUGGCCCCGUUUCUUUUCCCUCUCCGCUGCACGUUUCUACCAGCACAUCUUUCUGGCAACAGCAAGUUGUCGUCGGUGGUGUUGGAUUUGGUGGUGGCGCAGGUAAUCAGCUGCAGCAGCAACAACAAAUUCAGCAGCUGCAGCAGCAAUUGCAACAGCAGCAGCAGUUUCAGGCGGCGCCAGCGCAUGCUCAGGCCCACGACGCACACGGUGGUUCAGGGACAUCCCAUCGGCCACCUGUACGGUCAGCUCAUGGCGCUGCUGUGUACGAUUCGAAAAUGUGGAUAUUCGCCGGUUACGACGGCAACAAGCGUCUGAAUGACAUGUGGAUGAUACCGUUAGACAGUGGUAAUCCUGAUGUGGCAAUCAAAUGGACUGAGGUCCAACAAUCCGGCGCGCAUCCGCCUACCUGCUGCAACUUUCCGGUCGCAGUUCUCGGUGACUCCAUGUUCGUGUUCUCCGGGCAAUCGGGUGCUCACAUCACCAAUCACCUUUUCCAGUUCCGUUUCCCGGAACGCCGUUGGAUGAGAGUGAUAACGCAGCAGCUACUUCCAGGCACGUGCCCACCACCGGCACGGCGCUAUGGCCACAGCAUGGUAGCCCAUGAAAAGAACAACAUGUUGUACGUGUUCGGUGGCUGCACGGCUGACAACUUGUCACAGGACUUGCACUGCUUCGACCUCCAGACCUGCUCCUGGAGCGUCAUUCCGGCUGCAUCCGGCAGCCAGGUUCCUAUCGGACGUGUCUUUCACUCGGCUACUGUCGUUGGUGAUGCAAUGUACGUGUUCGGCGGCACAGGCGCAGACAACACGCGCCACGCUGACAUGUACCGAUUUCAGUUUGAUACACACCCGCGUAGCUCCCUGCAGGACGACUUCCUUCAUCUGCUGCAACGUGGAGAGCUGUUCGACGUCUUCUUCCUGGUCGGUGGAAAGGAUGGCAAGGAGGCACAGCGCAUUGGAGCACACUCUGCCAUUCUCUCUGCCCGCUCAUCUGUUUUGCGAGCUCGCAUUUUGCAAGCAUCGGAGAAACUCAGAGCUGAGAAAGGCGACACGGUGGCGACUGAAGUCUCUGAGGCUGCUGUCGAACAAGAUGGCGUGGAGCAACCGCUGGUUGAAGUCAGCAUGCCUGACUUCACAGCGGAUGUGUUCCGCAUUGCAUUGGUCUUUAUGUAUUCUGAUCGCCUGGUUCCCAGUUCGCAUACACUUGGCACUCAUCUCAAUACAUCGGAAAUGGGCCUGUUGAUGGAUGUAUACAAGCUGGCAACUGAGCUUCGCCUUGCAUUGCUGGAGCGGCUAACUGCAUCGCUGAUCGAGGGCUCGGUGGACCGGUCUAACGUGAUCUUUGCACUGAAGUGCGCUCACGUCCACAACCUUGCAUUUGCCAAGGAGUUCUGUCUGCGGUAUGUAACGAAGGAAGCGAACUACCGGGAGAUUGUCAUGUCACCGGCAUUUGAGAGCCUCGACCGGCCUCUCAUGGUGGAGAUAAUACGACGCCAGCAAGCUUCCUCAGGCUCUUCGCGUGCACCAUCGCCAGACUCGGCGGACAUUUCGCCAAGUCACAGCACCGGGCCUGCUCACUGUGGCACUCUCGUCACUGACUUGAAGCAAUUGCUUGAGUCUAACCCGGACUGCGCGUUCUUCGAUAUGAUCGUGGCGUGUGGAGAAGUGAGCCUGCCUGCUCACCGCGCCGUCCUGGCGGCUCGCAGCGGCUUCUUUGCGGCACUCUUCCGUAACUCGGUGCCUGGCUUGAACCAGGUCGAUGGCGCCAUUGGUGACAUCAUGCUCACGAAAUCGGUGCUCAAGGCUUUAUUGCGCUUCAUCUACUACGACGACGUGUCCAUGCAACCAGAGCUUGCGCUGUACCUCUUCUCAGCUCCUCAUUAUUUCUCCUUUUCCAACAGUCGUCUGCAAUCAUUUUGCCGAGAAAGCUUGGAGACAAGUAUCUCCGCUGCCAAUGUUUUGGCGGUGUUGGAGUCUGCCGACAAGAUCAAGGCAUAUGAGAUGAAGCGGCAUGCUCUCUCGAUCAUUUCUGCUGAGUUUCCCCGGGUUGUUCGGCUGGAUGCACUGCGGCAGCUUGAGAAACCGCUGUUGUUGGACAUCUUGGAGGCACUCGGUGAGAUGCACUUCUAGUCGGAUUAUUGUGCUACCCUGCUGGUCAGUGGCUGCUAAUGCAUGCAUGUCUACAUGUUUCCUCUUUUUAUGCUGUGCCGGGAUUUUGUUAUGUGUUAGGUUGAUUCCCUUGUGUUACAUGCAGUGUGCGGGCGUGUGUGUGUGUGCGUCUGUGUGUGUGUGUGUGUGUGUGUGUGUGUGUGUGUGUGUGUGUGUGUGUAUGUUGAGUACACAUGACUUUUUCCUCUGUUCACUUCCUUGAUUCCAUGCCAGUGAGCUGGGCUAAGAAGUUGUAGAGAACAUUCUCGUUAUUUUUUCCCUUUGAGAUGUCCAUUCUUGUUCUUUCGUUUCAAGCAAAUGUCGUACUAUUUGAUUUUUUAUCAUAUUGGCAGUAUUCUGCAUUUCACCCCGUUAGGUGCACUCUGAUUUAGCCUGUAGAUCAGGUCCCCUCCCAGUCUUGCACAUAGCAAUGGCUUGAUUAUGACUCUAUUCAGCUACUCACCACAUCCAGUUCGUUGCCCUCUGAUUUAGCCUGUAGAUCAGGUCAGGUCCGCUUUACUCAUGUGCAAUUAUGUAAGUGUUACCAGCAGGCCACAGCGCCCGCUCUAGUCUUGUA